UUAUGGACCGUCUUAACCCAUCUUCAAAAGAUUGUAUAGUUCCACUAAUUGAAGAAAAUUCCCCUUGUAUUUGUAAUUAAUAAUAUUUUAUAAAUAGAAACAAACAAACCAGAGAUUGAUGCUCACUUUUUAUUACCACAAUUUUCAUAAAUGAUGUAGAAUCCCGAUUUCUUCCUUUAAUCUGUUUAAUUAGAGUAAUUAAAACAGAUGUAAUCAUCAUUCUAUUCAUAAAUGAAUAAUAUCCCACUAAUUACAGAAGAACCUAGAGUUAUGGAUUUAUUUACAUAAUAACUUUUAUAACAAUAGCUUAUGAUAAAUGCAGCAUUAUUAAACUAAUUCUAAGUAAAUUGAUAACUAAAUAGGGUGUUGAAAAUAUCAAUUACAGUCAAACUAAAGAUCUCGUGGAUAAUAAAAUAAAAAGAAAACAUAUAAAAAAAUCACAUAAUCCAUUGUUUAAUAAUGGUAUAUUCCAUUUUUAUAUUUAAGGUCAUUGGAGUGCAUAGGAACAUUAAGUCUAUUUAACAUUUUUAUAAUAACAUAGAGAUGUGAUGGAAAGUUCUGAGUUAAAGAAAACUAAUAAAAUUUUUAAACUUAUGUCUGACAUAAUUAAGUCUAGAUCUCCAUCACAAUGUCGUUCUCAUCAUUAAAAAUUUAAUCCAUAUUCCAAAUAUUUAGUUAAUGUAAUUUGUAUUUGAUAAAUUAGAAUAAUAUUGUUAGAAGAAAAAUGAAAGAAUAAAUGUUGAGUGAUCCUCAAUAACAAAAACAAUCAUAAUAAGAGAAUGACAAUAUAUAACAAUAGUCUUAGGAUUCAAAUUAGAAAAUAUAGUUCUAAUAGUAAGAUUCUAAUUAAAAAAUUGAAUUUUAAUAAUAAUUAUUGGAAUCGAAUGUGAGAGAUGAUCAAUAAUAACUGAGUGGCUAAGAAUGA